UAUGUCGUCACUUCCUUCCCAACCAAAAAAUAUAUAAUAGACGCUUAGAGGCGGCAUCGCCAUGGCAUUCGCCAUUGACAAGUCCUUGUUAUCAGCUGAGUUGCAGGGAGAGGAAGAAGAGGAGGAGUUCAGACGCCUUCUGCUACAGGCCACCCAGAAGAUCCAGAGCGCAGCGCUCCCCCCAGCAGACUACAAGCCCAUCCAACCUCUUCCAGGGUUCUGCCUGAAAACCCGCACCGAUGCAGGUGAGAAGGUCUUCGUCAACGUCUGCAGGUCCCCGCACAUCCCGCCACCUCCUGACCUGACCAGCGAAGAGCUCGAGUGCCUCAUUGAGUCGGACAACGCCUCCACCUUCCGGAUCCCCAUGAGUCUGGGGGAGCCCCACGCCGAAGUGGACAAGAGUGGUCACGGUUGCACUGCGUAUGAUGUCACCAUCAACACUGACUUCUUCGCCAAGAUGGAGAGCAACCAUUUCCUCAGAGAGUUCUUCAUCACAAUUGCUUUGGAAGGAUUAGCAGAGAAAUACAAGCUGGACAUCAGCCACGCAGAAUGGUGCGUUCUGAAGAACAGGAAGUUUUUGGGCUCCAUAUCAGAGCAGAGAAUCCGCACCAAGUCCCAGCCCAUCAUACAAGAGAUGGAUAGCAGCCCAACCCAAGAGACGACGAGUAAACUCCUGCAGUCCGUUCCUACACAGAGCGCUGCCACAGUUCCCACCUUUGCCAUCGUUGCCCAGCCGCCGAGCCACCCCGACCGUCUAGUCGCAACGAUCAGCCUCCCUAAAAUGAACUCCGUGAAGAUGCUCGAACUGGAUUUGGGAGAAGAUCGGAUUGUAUUGCGGGACCAUCCUGGCUGGUAUCACCUGGACAUCUUCAUUCCUUACAGCAUCGUCCCCGAGGAAAGCAAGGCCCAGUUCAACAAAAGAACCAAGACUUGGAUCAAAGGGGUACAGAGUUUGUUGACCCAAGCCUUUGUCCUUUGGGGAACUGCCGACCUACAGAAAGUUAGGAAGGUCCUCAAUGGCCUCUACCAUCAGAGUGACCCACCCGGAGCAGGCACAACUCGGGUGGGAAUGCCUGCACCCCAGCCCAGGUGCCUUCCUAUACUCCUUCUCGCCAGAAGAGGGCAGUAG